ACAGGGAAACGAGGAGUCUGCUGUUGUGUUUCCUGACCAGCUGCGCCUAACUCAUCCACUUGCGCCCUCCACCUCUCCACUCCUCACUUCACUGCACUCUCUUACCUCUGCACCUGCCCUUUUCCUCUUCUCAACCCUUUCUGCCAUGCCAACCUUUUGUUCUUCCAUGUGUGGAUCACCUCACUUAUCUCUCCAUGUGCAGAAUGGCAAGCCGUUCCCCUUUGACGCCACAGAGGGCCCGGGCUAUGUAUGGCACUGCCACAUGCUGGAGCACGAGGACAACGACAUGAUGAGGCCGCUCAUCAUGAUCGUAGGGGGGUUACCUAACAUCACAGGUGGCUCUGCCAUGCGAUGGAGCAUGACUGCUUAG